UGUUUUAUGUUCUAAAUUAAAUCAGCUGUUUUUAUACACACGUUUUUGAUUGUUUACAACCGAAAUCUGAAAAUAAUGAGCCGCAAGGAAAUAAAUUUCAAGGAAAAAACAAUAGACCUGCAAAUAGAGGUCCUGGAAAAAUGAAGCACAACCAGAAGCCGAAUUUCAAGAGCAAAAAUAAGUCGAAACCCAAAGAUGAUAAACCCAAUAAACCUGAAAUCCGCAAAAUGCAACGACAGCAGAAGGCUGCCCAAGCUUCAGCCGAAAGAGAGAAAAUAAAAGCAGAAAAGGACGCCAAAAUAAAGAUCUAUAAACAACAGCGUCUGGAGCGCACCAAGGCAAUCAGCAAAAAAACUCAAAGGGGUCAACCACUGAUGAAGGACCGCAUGCAGCUCCUUUUAAAGCAGAUUGAGGAGAUGAAGCGCCGCUGAAACAGGACUACUACCUUAGGGUUAAGGACUAUAAUUUAUAAUAAGUAUAAAUGAAUAAGCCAGAUUUUUAUCAGAAACGUUUUACAAUCAAGCCAUGCGGUUUUCAAAAUAAACAGAAAACAUGUUUCAAAAAAGCCAA